UGAAGAAGAAGAAGAAUCGAUGUCCGUCGGUGGUUGGCACUAGAUUGCGGAACAGAGACCGACGUUAAAUAAAGGAAAGAAGAAGAAGAAGAAGUAAUACCCGAAGGUUUGUCCCGCAGUAAAAUCCAAAGAACAACAAAGGGAUGAGUAAUAUCGAGGAAAAGUUUUUCGUGCGGUCGUUUAUACGUUUCCUGAACGGACAACUAGGGCAGCCGAACUUAAGUUCCAACUCCCGUGAAAGCUUAGGGGUGGCCAUACAGUGCUUGGAAAAUGUCAACGAAAUUGGACAGGAAGAAGGUGACAACAGCCACGAAAAUCCACUGAAUCACAUCGAUUUGUUCGAAGUCUACCAGAGUACGCUCAGGUAUGUCUCACCGAAACGGAAGCAGGAAGCGGAGAACCUGAAGAACGAAGGAAACCGGUUGAUAAAGGAGAAGAAGUACCAAGAAGCGAUGAACACGUACAGCAAAGCCAUCAGCGAAGAUGCAACUAAUCCGGUGUUCUAUUGCAACCGUGCAGCGGCCUACACCCUUCUGGGUGAUUACCAGAGUGCAGCGGACGAUUGUCACAUGUCACUGCGGUAUGAUCCGAAUUACAGCAAAGCGUACGGGCGUCUCGGGUUGGCCUACUCGAAGAUGAACAAAUACGCGCAGGCUCUGGAAGCGUACCAGAAUGCUUUGCGGAUCCAACCGGAUAACCAAGACUACAAAAACAACGUGAGUGUCACGCACCAAAGACUGGAGCAACACCGCUCGGUUCCAAUUGGAGCAGGCGGUGACGAAGGAUUGACCGAUACAGUCAUAAUCGACUAUACCGCUGCUUUGAACAACCCUGCCAUCAAUAGCUUGUUCACAAGGAUCAUGGACGAUCCGUCGGUUCAGAACAUGAUGGGUCAGCUUGGUGGCAUAAACAGCAUGCGUGCCGCACUACUAACCGGCAGGCUGUUGUCAGAGCAAAUGAGGAGUCACAAUCCGGAUGUGUUUGCCAACGUGAUCUAUGAGAUGGAGCAGAGUGGAGCGCUCUUUCGCGGCAGCACUCGUGGUGCCAAUCAAAAUGGCAAUAAUAAUAACCAGCAGCCACCACCUCCGCCACCGGCAGAAUCUUAA